CUCCAGUUCGUUUGACCUUCGCCUCGAAGUUGACAGGAAUCGGUCCAUUCCUUAAAGCUUUCACGAUUUAAGUGACGCAGUCCGCCCUAACAUCAAUGCCUCCAAACGAUAAAUACCGUGGUGCUGUUAUAGAGGACCUGCAACUUCCCCCUGCAUUCUGUUUACCCUCCACCGAAUCCGUAUCUCGCGCAAUGGAGUCAGCAUAUGAUCGUGACUUUUCCCAUAUUCCCAUCCUAAACCGCGAUCGGCGUCCUCUCGGGUACGUUGACGUCGCUGCUCUGAAAGAAAAGUGGGAAGCAGGCACAGCAUCACCAAACGACUCCAUCAGUAAAUACAUGACCAAGUUCAAUCGUAGCGCGUCUCAGUAUCACACCCUCAUAACUCCCUUGACGCCCCUUGCGGAACUGGCAGAGUUUUUGCGCCCCCGAAGUGUUCCUGUUCACCGCUCACUCUACCUUCUCGAAGUGCCGAGUAUAGCUGUCGUCUUGCGGUGGCAUAGUGAGAGAAUUGGUCAGUGCAAAUGGCAAGGGGUUCUUGACCGACCUCGCUCUAUGGUUCGCGCUCGCUAUACCAAGCAUAUACGUACACAAAUUCUAUGAUCCACCACCCUCAAUUUGCACUAUCCCUGAGGUUCAGAACCUGCUUGGCUCGAUAAAUUCACGAUA